AUGGUCCCAGACACGUCGUCUGCCGACCAGCUUCUUGCACAAUGGCAGGGACAGAUCGUGCCACGAUCCUUCAACGCGGGCUUUGUGACGCUCAGCUAUGUCGUGAGCCUGAUCGGGGCUGCGUCGACACUUGAACUGAUCAAUAGGAGGACGGCCCCCAAGGGCAGGAUCAACCACUUGCUGCUCAUCUCUGCAGCCGUGACGAUGGGCGGUAUCGCCAUCUGGUGUAUGCAUUAUAUAGGAAACCGUGCCAUCGAUAUUGGUGACGGAAACCCGCAGCUGCAGAUUGCCUACUCAGGCGGCUUCACUGCUCUCUCCUUCUUCAUGCCCAUCAUCGUGCUCCUCGCCGCAUUUGUUGCCAUCGGUACCAACGAGCGGGUCUCCUGGUGGCGUGUCGCCGUCGGCGGGACCCUCGCAGGAGCUGCCAUCUGUGGCAUGCACUACCUGGGAAAUGCGUCCAUCAACAACUAUGUCUGUAUCUAUAACGUGCCCAACGUCGUUGGAGCAGCCCUCAUCGCCGUCGCGGCCAGCAUCAUUGCCCUCUCGGUGUUUUUCGUCCUUCGGUCUUCGUGGACCAACUCGUGGUGGAAGAGAGGCAUGUCUGCGGUGUUACUGGCCGGUGCGGUUUCGGGAAUGCACUGGUGUGCCUCUACUGGGACACAAUACAAGCUGGUGUCUCUUGCCGGGACCGAUCAGCUGUCGAGAAACACCACCGUUAUCGUCGUCAUCUGUCUGUCGAUAGGGGCCUGUGUCAUCAUGGCAGGCUUCGCCAUGUAUGCUGCACGUCUCAGGCAGCAUUAUGCCAGCAAAGCACAACAGGUGGUGUUGGCUGCAGCUGUCUUCGACAAGCACGGCCGCGUACUUGUCAGUACAGACGGCCUGCUGCCGAGCGAGAAGAUCACCAAGACCUUCCUGGAGAGGACACCGCAGGAUUCCUUCACUGUCGCCCAUCCGUUGUUCCACUGGGUGUUCCAGGUCUCCAGGAACUGGUCCAGUAUCACCAGCAUCAUCGGCGGGAUCACGAACCACCUUGGCCACCUCCCACACACUGGGCGCGACAAUAUCAGCGGGGACAUCAAGCUCAUCACGGACCAUGGCGAGCUGAUCGAGAACUAUGAUAUCAUCUUUCGCGAGCUCUUCUGCGCCGCGGCGGCAGGGCUGGCGGACCAGCUCAAGACCCCGCUGACCAACGUCGGCAUCCUCUGGGACCAAAUCAUCGCGACUGGUGGCGGCCAUGCCGUACAACAGGCCCCGGUGCGCCGGUGCCAGCAGGAUGUCGAGCGCUCUGGCCCGACCACGAGCGGCUCGGUCAGUGAGGACCAGGCCGAGAAGGGACUGGUCCGCCAACAAAUCUCUGAGCUCGGUCGUGGCAGUCUCAUGUUCCUCGUCCGCCGCGUCGAGAGCAACAGUGAAGUGCAGGCCCUCACGGCCGCCGGCUAUCGCUUCGCAGAGCUGCACCAGGUCAGCGGGAUCAUCGGGUCAUCCAUGCAGAUCAAGACGUGGGGCUUCGAGGACAAGCUUCGGGAUAUGGCCGGCUAUGCGGAGGAGAACCGAAUUAUGGAGCCAGGCGUGCACGUCGCCCUCUUUGGUGUACGGGCCCGGGUGAACAAUGCCUACGGCUUCGACGUCCUAGCCCGGCGAGAUGCACGGAACCUCCUCCCGGCGGUGCAGAUGCCACUGGCCCGGCUGGACGCGUGGCAGCUGACCUUCCUCCGGCAGCUGGAACGCAUGACCCCGAGCCAGAUCGUCAGGAGGCUCAACAGCCUGCAGAACCUGUCGCCCAAGGAGGUGACGUUCGCGUCACAGCUGACGGACAGCAUCGAGGCGCUCCGCGGCUGGCUGGAGGACAAGGUGUUUGACGAGGCAGUACUCUGCCCCAGAACAGUGGAGGUGCCGUGCCGACCCGUGUCGCCAGGGUCGGGGCCGGGCACAUGUACCGUCAUCACAUUUAGGAUCGUCAUCUCCAUCCAUAUGCACGUGGAGAGCCCACAGUGCGGGUUUGUGCCCCUCAACCUGUUCAAGGUGCACCAG